AUGUAUAAUGUUGGUGACAGCUAGCAGCAAUGUGAUGUUACAGACAGCAGAUCAUAGUGCAUUUAUAGAAGUGUUUAAAACUUAUGUAAUGAGUGUUGGUUUACAAGGAAAUAGUCAAAACAAAGUGAAUUCGGUGGAAGAUUAUUUGGAGAAUUAUUGAUGAUGGUUCAGAAGGGUGAAACAUUAUAGAGUCUAAAUGAUCAUGUUGAAGAGUUGAGAAAGCAUUUGGCAAAUGAUGAAUCAGAGGAUGAGAAAUAUUUCAAUGAUAAAUAAUAAGAAAUGGAAGCUACNGUGUUAGGAUUUAAUUACUAAAUUAUUGGAACCUAAUCCAAAUAAGAGAAUAACAUGUUUAUAAGCACUUAAACAUACAUGGAUGAUACGUGA